AAACUGCAAAUCCCGCGCGGCAGUGCGAUCUCGCGCGACGAGCACGCCAGGGGGCGGGCGGUGUGGCCGAAAUGGCGUCGCGAUUGAGCGGAACGCCGGGCAGCGAGCCGCGGCUGGUGUCGUUGCCCCUGUCGCGAAUCCGGGUGAUCAUGAAGAGCUCGCCUGACGUGUCCAGCAUCAACCCGGACGCCAUUUUCCUCACCGCCAAGGCCACGGAGCUAUUUGUGCAGUAUUUAGCUACACAUUCUUAUAAACAUGGCCAGGGCAAGGAGAAUAAAGCCCUGACUUACAGUGACCUGUCCCGUACAGCAGAAAAGUCUGAAACCUUUCAGUUCCUUGCAGAUAUUCUGCCGAAGAAGAUCUUAGCUAGCAAAUACAUCAAAAUGCUUGAAAGAGAAAAAGAGGGAGAACAAGAAGUGGAGGAGGAAAAGGAAGAAGGAACAACUGAAGAAGAUGAUGACAAGUCAUGAUGUACACCAUGACCCUGUUACAUAAAUGUUUUAAUUGAUGUAUGAUCAAAGAGAUUUCUUCAAUCUCUGCAUUAGUUGAAAAUUGAGUAAGUGGACUUUCCAAGUAGUGGUUAACUUUACAUUAUUAUACUGUAUCCAGGAUAUUUUAGUGUGUCACUGAACAUAUACAUGAAGUCUGGAUAAUUUUUUUAUUUUUAUUUUGCUCAUAUUGGGCCAAUUUCAAAAGUCCUACUAUUUUUACAUUUAGAAUGAUGGAAAUAAGAAUAUUUAAGGGAUUCCCUGAAGGGGAGCAGUCCAUGGAGUUCUUCACGGAAAACAGACUUGCUUCUAUCAUACAUAACAAACUGUCCUACUUAUUGGGGAUCAAAAAUGAGGACCCAUCUUUUGUUUUGUUCGCAGCUAUGUGCAGUGAUGACAUAUUGCAUGUUAGAUGAGAGCAACCUUGCUGCCUUAUGUGAAUCUGUAUACUUUAAAGGUUUAUUUUGGCUUAGUAUAUGGCAGAUCAGUGUAUCCUCAUUUUGAUACAUUUGUGCAACAUGAUUUUUUAAUCAACUGAAUAAAACAAGAAUCUGUA